UCAGCUUCCCCUGCUGUACUGCCGAAGGACAGCGAUAGAUGUUUAAAGUUUAAAAUGGCUUGAAGCUUGUGGAACGGAAGAUCUAUUCCAACUCCCUCCCAACCGGUUGAGAAAUCGAAUGGUUUGUGGGGACCACUUCGAAAUUCAAUACCGCGUUGGAUCAAAGCUUACAAGUCAUGCAGUACCAAGCUGCAACUUACCAGCACCUGCCACAUCUAUCGAGCAACAAGUGGAACUUGUAAUGGAAAUUGAAGAAGAAGAAGAACGUCAACCUGUGCUCACCGUUGGAUACCAGGACAACGUGGGACCAAUGGACAACGUGGGACCUAAGGACAACGUGGGACCUAAGGACAACGUGGGACCUAAGGACAACGUGGGACCAAUGGACAACGUGGGACCAAUGGACAACGUGGGACCUAAGGACAACGUGGGACCUGGGACCAGCAGAGACUCCGACGCACUUGCCUAUAAUGUGCUUCCUGGAUCAUCCAGAGGUUGCACUGUCAAAAGGAAUCAAGUUCAACCAGCUAUCAGGAAAGGCCUUAAAGGUGACAUCCUGAAAAUGAUUAGGUCGAGCAACUUGAUCAAACCCAGGAAGCUCAAGAUCUACAAGGCUGUGGCCAGGAUUUUGAAAUCUGCGAGGCAAUUGAGGCGUCGGAGAUCUUCGGUAAGACAACGCAUCGGGAAGAUUGAGCAUCUCGUGCAGACCGGUGUUCAUCAGGUUUUAGAAAGCCUGCCAACACCCCUGCACGCGAUGCUCUUGGCCCAGAUGCGCAACGCGGACAAACAAAAAUCGGCGUGACGCUUCACCGAAAAAGAGAAGCUAUUAGCUUUAUCUAUUUAUAAGCAAAGUUCUAAAGCGUAUCGAUAUUUGGAAAAAUUAUUUCUUUUGCCAAG